AUUCGGCCCCGGAGUAGCUCCGCGCUCCCAGAAUGCACCGGCAGUCCGCGGGAAACCAAAAUGGCGAAGGGCUGUAGCGAAGUGGGCUGUGUUUGAGGCCGGUAUAGGAAGGCUCACUCUACCCACAACCCUCGUCCCCGAGGACCUCGUUUUGUGCGUGCGUAUGUGCGGGGUUCCCGGUGGGGCGGGUACCCAGUAAGUGUUCGGAGUCGCAGGGGAAGCGCCCACGGGGACGUGAUUGGUUAUAUUUUCCUGUAUGAAGCGGUUGGCACCACUGAAGUGACCGAAUGAGAGACUCUACAGGGGCAGGUAAUUCACUGGUCCACAAGCGGUCUCCUUUACGUCGAAACCAAAAGACCCCAACAUCCUUGACCAAGCUGUCUUUACAGGAUGGACAUAAAGCCAAAAAGCCAGCAUGUAAAUUUGAAGAGGGUCAGGAUGUCCUAGCUAGAUGGUCAGAUGGCUUGUUUUAUCUUGGAACUAUCAAAAAGAUAAACAUUUUGAAACAGAGCUGCUUCAUCAUAUUUGAAGACAGUUCUAAAUCCUGGGUUCUCUGGAAGGACAUUCAAACAGGAGCCACUGGAAGUGGGGAAAUGGUCUGUACAAUAUGUCAAGAAGAGUAUUCAGAAGCUCCUAAUGAAAUGGUUAUAUGUGAUAAAUGUGGCCAAGGGUACCAUCAGUUGUGUCAUACACCUCAUAUUGAUUCCAGUGUGAUUGAUUCAGAUGAAAAAUGGCUCUGUCGACAAUGUGUUUUUGCAACAACAACAAAGAGGGGUGGUGCACUUAAAAAAGGACCAAAUGCCAAAGCAUUGCAAGUCAUGAAGCAGACAUUACCCUAUAGUGUGGCAGACCUUGAAUGGGAUGCAGGUCAUAAAACCAAUGUGCAGCAGUGUUACUGCUAUUGUGGAGGUCCUGGAGACUGGUAUUUAAAGAUGCUACAGUGCUGCAAAUGUAAGCAGUGGUUUCAUGAGGCUUGUGUGCAAUGCCUUCAAAAGCCAAUGCUAUUUGGAGAUAGGUUUUAUACAUUUAUUUGCUCUGUCUGCAGUUCUGGACCAGAAUACCUCAAACGUCUACCAUUACAGUGGGUAGAUAUAGCACACCUAUGCCUUUACAACCUAAGUGUUAUUCACAAGAAGAAAUACUUUGAUUCUGAACUUGAGCUUAUGACAUACAUUAAUGAAAACUGGGAUAGAUUGCACCCUGGAGAGCUGGCAGACACACCAAAAUCUGAAAGAUAUGAGCAUGUUCUGGAGGCAUUAAAUGAUUACAAGACCAUGUUUAUGUCUGGGAAAGAAAUAAAGAAGAAGAAGCAUUUGUUUGGGUUGCGAAUUCGUGUUCCUCCUGUGCCACCAAAUGUGGCUUUCAAAGCAGAGAAAGAACCUGAAGGAACAUCCCAUGAAUUUAAAAUUAAAGGCAGAAAGGCAUCCAAACCUAUAUCUGAUUCAAGAGAAGUAAGCAAUGGAAUAGAAAAAAAAGGAAAGAAAAAAUCUGUAGGUCGUCCUCCUGGCCCAUACACAAGAAAAAUGAUUCAAAAAACUGCUGAGCCACCAUUGGAUAAGGAAUCAGUUACAGAGAGUCCUACCUUGGAUUUACCUUGUUCUAUAGGGAGAACUGAGGGUCCUGCACAUUCUUCUAAUACCUCAGAUGUGGAUUUCACGGGUGCUUCCAGUGCAAAAGAAACUACCUCGUCUAGCAUUUCCAGGCAUUAUGGGUUGUCUGACUCCAGAAAAAGAACUCGCACAGGAAGAUCUUGGCCUGCUGCAAUACCACAUUUGCGGAGAAGAAGAGGUCGUCUUCCGAGAAGAGCACUCCAGACUCAGAACUCAGAAAUUGUAAAAGAUGAUGAAGGCAAAGAAGAUUAUCAAUUUGAGGAACUCAACACAGAGAUUCUGAAUAACUUAGCAGAUCAGGAGUUACAACUUAAUCAUCUGAAAAACUCCAUUACUAGUUAUUUUGGUGCUGCAGGUAGAAUAGCAUGUGGCGAAAAAUACAGAGUUUUGGCUCGUCGGGUGACACUUGAUGGAAAGGUGCAGUAUCUUGUGGAAUGGGAAGGAGCAACUGCAUCCUGACUGUAGGACUGAACAUUAUGUUCACUGCACUCUCAUUUUAUGUAGGUAUCGUUCAAAGUCCUAAAGAAGUCUGGCUUUUAACUCUUUCUUAAAACAACAAGAACAACAACAACAAAAAUCACAAAAGAAGAUGAUACUAGCCUUAACAUGUACUUGUUGAUGUUAUGGAUAUUGUCAUAAAAAGAUAUCUUUUACAAAUCAGAACAGAGACUUAAUUUUUUAAAUCUUAAGAUUUGUAGAAUGUUUCUAGGAUAGGAUAUUAAAAUUGAUUCAAACCCAUGCAUGGUGUUAGAUAAUUUUUCUAAUUAUUCCAUUGAGUCAGUUUUUGUGAUUAGUGGUUAUCAGAGCAAACAGAUCAUGUAGAUAGCACAAGUCUUUGGAGAAACAUUGUCUGUUUUGUUACCAAAAUGUUGGAAGAAAUUUAUUUCAAUACCUUUUAGAUUUCAUAAAGUGCAGUGUAUAUAAUGCCUACUGAAAGACUGUAAAAUAUUGAAAUUUUCUUUCAAGCAAAGUGUAAAAAAAAAUAUAUUGAGCCUGUAAAUUGCUCUGUGACUAGACUUCAUUGUCGUCUUAAUAUAUUCUUUGCAUGUACAUAUAUAUACACAUGUGUGUAUAUAUAUGUGUGUGAAUAUGUGACCUAUGCAAUACAAAUUAUGGGAAUGGGCAGCUUUGGAGUAUAUAUCCCAUAAUUCUUUAUUUCAGGAAUAGUUGCAGUAUUUACACAGCAGCAUUUCUUCUCAGGCUUUUAUUGGGUGCUGUUGCUUGCUAUGUAUGAAGAGAAAUGUGUCAGACAAGUUUAGUGUGUACUGAAGAAGGGUGUGAACAACAGUGUUCAUGGGCUUUUAGAAUGCUUUUCACUUUCAGUCCUUGUAACUCAGCUGUUCGAUACCUAAAACAAAUUCAAAUAAUAUCAACAUCUCCUUUUAUAAGUAACGUUUUCAAAUUUUCAUGGCACAUUAUGAUUGUAAAUGUCUCUCAGUUUUAACAGUAAGUCUGUAGGAGUCCCGUGAAGAUUCCUGAAAUGUCUGUAGUAACUGUUAGUAAUGUUUGAAUAAGUGUAGUAUGAACAAAGUAUUUUAUUGCACAGGGUUAACAAACAGUAUGUUGCCAGCUAAGGCUACUGCUGUUUUUUUUUACAACAUUACCUCUUGUUUUUAUAAAAUGUACCAAGAUUUAAAUUGAUAACUUUAUUUUACGUGUAAAAAAAGAAAAUAGUUUCUUUUAUCACCAGUGUUAGAGUUGCCUUGUUUCUUUUUGUUUUGUUUUGUUUUUGUUUUCUUUCUUAGCCAAAGAGUAAACAGAAGAAUAUUCUUAUUUUGGUGGCUAUUCAUUUUACUUUUACAAAAUGGCUGGUGGAUUUUAGACUAAUAAUUGGGGAAUUUGCCACCAAAAUGAAAAAUAUAUAAAGUGUAGUGAUGACAGAGUGGUAAAAAUGUGGGUUAGUACUUAUUUAUUCCAUUAAUUGAUUAUUUGACUGUUUGUAAAGAAAGUUGCUUUAUUUCUUUAAACAUCUUCAAAAGAUGACUUUUUCUCGUCACAUAGCCAAAAGAAGCAGAGAACUGCGUUGUCCUGCAUUUGGUUCCUGGUUGACCAGGUAUAAAUGAGCUUUACAAAAGUGCAAAUUAAAAACUGUCACUUCUGUUUACCUCCACCAAAACUUGAUUUCCCCCUAGCUAUUAAUUUAAAGUUGCCUUUCCUUGCAGCUGCAAUAUUUUGAAUAACACACAGAGUUUGUGUUGAUUUUUGAAUGUUUGUUUAUGUCUAGGGGUAAUGGAAAAUGUAAAUCCCGUGUAACCUUAUUCACUCCACCUGUAUCAUAUUACUUCAUUUCCCCCAAAGUCCUUGAAUUCUAACUGAACACCAGCAGUAUUUUUAGUAACUCUUUCUUUAACAUACUUGGAAGACAAUUUAUUGAGCUGAACUGUCUUUAGACGUAAUUAUUGUGAAUGUCUGUUUUAUUUUAUCAUGGUGGUUCACAUGGCUCUGAUGUUCAGUUUGUAUUUUUGGAAUUGCUUUACUUAGAAUUAAAACAGACCAACAUUAAAUGUGUGUAUUUUUUAAAGA